AUGCCACGGUCUAGGUGCUUACCGAAUGUAGAAGUAAUAAAAGUGAGAGGUACUUGGCGAGAAAAGGCGCUUGUUUUUUCUGAUGUUGGUUCCUGGGCUACAAACGCAGUUCCUGUCACACGACUAGUUGACUCAAGACUUAUGCAAAUCAAUAAUUUUGAAGACUAUGAUCCCGAAGCUGCGAAUCAAAAUCCUAUAAAAUGUGCCAAUUGUGGAAAAACGUAUACAUGGCUUUACAAUGGCUCAUAUUAUACCUGGGUGGAUGUGGAUCCUUUGAUUUCAUUGAUUGAUUUGAUCAGGCAAAAGGGCCCUGAAAUCUUGGAAGAAUAUGUAAAAUUAAACAGCUUGUCAGCAACGAAUCGCAGAAAAUUAGUUAAUAUUGCUGUGGAUUACCUGGUCUCAAGGCAUGGAUAUUGUCCGUCAUCAGAUGAAAAAAUUAAUUGCGCAAAAGAAAUUAUUAAAUGCUUUCCAAAAUUGAAAGAUCCAGCAUCUGAGGAAGGAUACGAAAUAUUCUACGAACCGGAAACAAGAAGCGGAUAUAUUUCUUGGAGAUUGAAGACUGUGAAUCGAAAAAGAAGAGGCGAGACAAAAAGAACUAGUCAUCAAAGAACAACGACAAGAAGGGCUUCUAGUCCUGAGAGCGAUCCACAAGAAUCUACUGUCGACGAUCCGCUUUUUGAACAAUUAUCUCCAGCAGAUUUAAAGCAGAUAUCAUUUUUACAAUUAGCCUGUCCAUUUACACAAAAAAAGGAAAUUAAGACAAGCAUGAAAGAAACUUUUGAGUUGAGAAGAAAACAAAAAGGAAGAAUUUUGGAUAUUUUCCCAAGAUUUUUAGAUAUUCCAUAUCUAAUAAACCUAGACUUCGCGUUAAUGUAUCCCGACAUCAGUGUUCGUCCUCUUAAUACUGAUUUAAUUUUCAAAGCUGCUGAUAUUCUCCAAAUAUCCAUAAUCCUUAGCAGUGAAGCAGAAUGGGAUACUGUUACUAGAGCUUAUAUAACUCUAUUAAAAUUAAUGCCAAUUUCGACGAAAGGAAGGAAGAAAAACGAGCGUGAUGUUCAGCAGUUAGAUAAGCUAAUCCAGUUUGAAGAGAUCACAUAUCCGUUCAAAAAAAUUCGACCUUUCAAUAAAUAUCCUUACCUUCUAGCCAUUGGAAAAAAUAAAAAACAGAUUUGUUCCUAUUAUAUAGCAGUAAGAGGAAAAUUACUGGAAACAUAUGCAACAGAUUUUGCAACAGCUUUCGAUCAAUUAUUCAAAAGUUAUUUUGUAUUUCAUAUAAAAUUUGAGGAAUCCCUUUCAGCCUUUUAUCAAUUUAUACAGUCUUUUUAUUAUGGCUUGCACAGCGGAAUUCAAUUUACACCCCGAAUGAGGGAAGUCCGAUCUUAUUUGUCUCAAGAAGAUUGAAAACUUCAAGAGUCUCAAAUGAAAAAUGAGUUUACAGAAAGAAUGCUAAGUGAAUGAUGGAAAUAUGCUAUCAUGUCAAGCCAAAAUGGAUCCGAAAACAAGACAUUUAUGGACGAGUUAAAUAUUUUAGUUACCUCUUAAGAUAACUAUAAGAUUUCCUAAUUUUUUUAAAUGUUUUAUUUUUGGUGUAUGGAAUGAUAUACAUUAAUCAGCAAUUAAUUUAU